AUCUAUGAGUUUAAGACAAAAAUACAAUUAAGAGCAUGCACUGACCAGCACUUCAAGACAUGAAUCCGUGGCGGUUGUACCGGUCGCUGACCAAAUGCUCAGUAGACUUCAAGUGUAUGUCACGUACCUUCAUCCCCGCUCUAGUCGGCCUCUGCCUGGGCAUGACCCUCAGCAUGAUGUACGCGCCUUUCAGCGACGACAGCUGUGAGACGUACAUGGCAAACCAGGACCCUCAGACGAUCAAGAUGAGAGAGCCAAAGUCCCUGGACAGCAACAAGGACGAGAGCUUUGAGCCGCGCCAGCUGACUCACAUAGACGAGUCCGCCUACAAGCUGGACACCAAGGCUGGCACCAAAUUCUACCGGCCCAAGUUUGCAGCCACAGAGCUGGGUAUACGAGAAAAAUUGUUUGUGGCCGUUUUAUCCUCUAAAGACACUCUCAACACAUUGGCCGUGGCCAUGAAUAAGACAGUCAACCAGUAUGUGACGAAAGUGGUGUAUUUUAUAGACAAAAAAGCAGCUGUAGUUCCCGCGGGGAUGAUUAUAGUGAACUUUGAUGAUGGCUACAACCAUCUGAUGCCCACCAAUGUGUUUAAGUAUGUGAUCAAGAAGUACGGCCAUGACUAUGACUAUUACAUGUUCAUUUCUGACAAAGGAUACAUCAGGGCGGAGAAAGUGUUUGACCUUGUCAGUCACAUCAGUGUCAGUCGACAUGUUCACCUGGGAUCACCUAAAGGUGUAGAUGGAGGUAAAGCCUACUGUGCUUUAGAAGGUGGAAUUAUUUUAUCUCAGUCUCUUCUGUCUCGUGUGAAUGCAAGCUUAAAAUGGUGCUUAGAUAACUGUCACAGCAAUGAUCAGAGUGUCAACUUUGGUAAAUGUCUCCUGCAUGUGUCUGAGUUGGAGUGCACAAACACAGCAGCUAACAAAGUUUAUAAAGCAUUCCCUGUUAAAGAUUUUAACUUCAACAAAAAUAUUGAUAGCAUGAAGGAUCAACCUGACUUUAACAAAUCAUUGUCCAUAUAUCCAAUUCCUGAUGAUAUAACUCACUACAAACUCCAUAGGUAUUUUUGUGAGGUGGAGCUUAACUCUACCAGACACCAAAUACAAGAGAUGAAAGACAAUAUCUUGUACAUGAGUCAGUUUGCUCCAGGAGGUAGAGACAGUAUAUCAUGGCCAAUAGGUGUACCAGAACCUUAUAAGCCUAAAAAUAGAUUUGAUGUCAUCCGCUGGGAUUAUUUUACGGAGACUCAUAUUUUCUUUCAAGAUGAUUUCACAAACGUGAAGGAACUUAUAGGAGUUGACAAGCUGGAUAUUCAGGACAUAAUCAAAAUAUCCAUGGAGAAACUCAAUGAAAAACACAACAACAAGUAUUUGUACUCAUACCUCAUCAAUGGCUACAGGCGAUUUGAUCCCCAGCGUGGUAUGGAAUAUCUGCUUGACCUAGCUUUAGAUGACACCUCCAUACCAGCAGAAGAAAAUGGAGAAAACAACUACAACAAAAGGAUUGUAGAGAAAAGAGUUUUCCUCGUUCGCCCCUUAGGAGAGGUUGAAGUAGUUCCCAUGCCCUAUGUUACUGAAUCCACCAGACUAAACAUCAUUCUACCCAUCACACCAAGUGAUUUAGAUGGAUGGGGUAUUUUCCUGGAAAACUAUGCAAGACUUCAGGCUGAUGCUGCUGACAACUUGGCCCUGAUCAUUGUCUUUAUAUACAACCAAAUCCCCAAGACUGGCGAGGAUGACAUCUUCUCUGUCCUCAAAUCAAUGGUGGCUUACUACGACGACAAGAGUGAGGAUGGGGUUAAAACUAAAACCAUCAACUUCUCCAGUAAUGGAACUUAUGUGCCAGAGUUUAAAAUCAUUGACAUGGUUAGUGAGCAGCUGGAGCCAGAUGCCUUGAUGCUGACGUGCACAGUGGGGAUGCAGCUCAAUGUUGAAAUGUUGAACAGAGUCCGCAUCAACACCAUCCCAGGCUGGCAGGUUUUCUUCCCUGUAGGUUUCUGGCAAUACAAGCCCAACCUCAUCUACGACAAAAAACCGUACCCAACCGAGAUAGAGUUCAGCAGUAAAACUGGACAUUACGACGUACUGUCCUACGAGCAUGGCAGUUUUUACAACUCUGAUUACCAGGAAGCCAGGAAGUCAAUGACCCAGGUGGAGUUGAUGGAGAACGAUCUAUACGAGAUUUUCGUCAAGUUUGGUAAAAUUCAUGUCUUCCGUGCCGUCGAGCCAGAGUUCAAGCACUACUACAUGCAGCUGGAUUGUCUGUCUAGCAGCCCGGCCAAGCUGUACGAGAGAUGUGUGGAGAGGAAGUCGCUGAACCUUGCCACAAGAGCUCAACUUGCCAAGAGAAUCUUCCAGUACCAGGCCAAAAGAGAAUCUCAACAGAAUCCAGCAAAGGAAGGUUAAAAUUGAUCUUAGUUUUAUAUAGAAAUAUUAUAUCUGUGUGUCUGUCUAUUUAUGUGCGUGAGUUGAUAUAUAUAU